UGUGAUAACAUUUCCAGCGAGUAUUGCCCAAGUAACUCACAGUACCUUGUAUAUUUUAUAAUUUACUUAGAGCUAAAUAUUUUGAUACUUUUGAAAUUUUAGUCAUGUUUUCAUUAAAUUGUGUCAUCUUGGCUCUUGUGUCGUUUGCUAUUCAAACACGAGGACUCGUGGAGCUGCCAAAAGUCGAUGAUAAUAACAUUUUGGUAACAGAAGCAGCUAUACGAGACACCAUUAACACACUGUUCUAUAAACUUGGACUCCGAGGCAUCAAGACCAAGCCCAGGUUAAAAGAGUACUCCACAGUUCACAACCAUCUUGUUUCGUUCACUUUGCAAGAUUACACCAACUUGAAGGAAAUAGCAAAGCUCACUCGAGUCGAUAAAACAAAAAUAAAUAACGAAACUAGAAGUUUUAUGACCGUUAUAAAUGAAAUACUAAAUGAAGAUAACGAUGAUGGAAGGACUGAAGCAAUAAUCACUGAAGCCAACGAUGAAAGCGUGAUAAAAUAUAUUGAUCAGUUCCUAACAAAACUGGAAGAUCUAAAAGAGCAAUAUGGCGUUAUUAAUGAGAGGUUUCCCAUAAAGGAAGACUUGUAUAAAGUUUUGAAUGACAACGAAGUAUUACCUUACAAUUUCACAAUGGACCAGUCGUACAGUUCAGAUGUUGAUGAAAAUGAUACGCUCAUUGAUGGAAGUAACUAUUGGAAACCAGAUAUGAGUGGUCGCCGCAUUUACCGCGGGACGAGGACUAAGAUUAAGCACUUCCCGUUCAUGGCAAGCAUCCAGAUUUUCAAUAGGUUCCACUGCGGAGGGUCAAUCAUCAAGUCCGAUCUAGUCAUCACGGCUUCGUCAUGCUUGCAGCUAGCGUGGAAUAACAGAUUCUUCCGCGAAAACCCCGCCUUCCUCUCCGUCAGAGUCGGGAGUAAUUUCUACAAUGGUGGUGGCGAAAAUAUACCCGUGUUGGAGGUUUACUUCCAUCCCCAGUACAAUCCAAAGAACCUGUGGAACAAUAUCUGUAUUCUGCGUCUGGUUAGAAGGCUGCGGUUCAGGAAACGAGGCAAAAAGGUGAAGAAGAUAGACUUUGAUAGGAAUCCUGCGAAUUUGCCGUUGACGACUGAUGGGAUUACCAUUGUUGGAUGGGGAGCCAAAGGAAUGAGCAACGUAGUUAAGAAUCCUUGGGAAAAUGCUCUGUCGUUUUCCGUCUUGGAUAUCUAUCCCUUACGAGAAUGCCAAGAUAUCUAUUCAAAGGAAUAUGUCACCAAAAAACAUUUUUGCGCUGGUUUCUUCUCCAAGGGUGGAGGAGCCUGCAAUCACGAUGUGGGUGGACCAGGCGUCGUGAAAGGUUUCUUGAUGGGGGUAGUUAGCUUCGGCUCCCCUGUGUGUGGCACCCCUGAUGCCCCGACUGUCUUCACCAAGCUUGGCUACUACGCUGACUGGAUUGAGGAGAUCAUGGAACAGGAGGUGCCCAACAUCAACCAGCGAACUACUCUACGUCGGAAAAGCAUCGUGACUCUCGGCCAAUAUUACCAACCGAUCCAACCGACCACGUUUAAAAUUCCUCCUCUAAGUGGCAAAAUAGAUCCGAUUCCUAUCUCCGAAGUCGACGCCUUGAGGAUGCUGAAGAGCGGAAAGAUUUUCCAAGAGUUCUUAAACACUAUGUUUGGCAGCAGCGAAGCAGCUCAGUACCAAGACCUUUUGACCGAUGUCCAACCCCGGAACGACCAAGUCAUGCCAGCUGCUGAAAGUACAAUGAAUUCUCCUCCAAUGCCCAUUCAAGUACCAGAAACUACUACUCCAAUGCAAGCCUCAAUCGAAGACGCCGCUCAAGUGGUCACUGAAAUUGGUGUGGUCGACCCUGAUUUUACUACAGAAGCCCAAUUAAUGAAAGUCACUGCACUAGACGAAAACUUCGCGAUAUCAUCCAGGAAAGAUGACGAUUUAGAGAAAAACCUUGUUAAUCUGAUAGAUGAUAUAGAUUUAAAAGAAAUCAUUGAUGGCAUGCCGAGCGUGGAGGAGGAGAGGUUGUUAGACGAUGAGAAAAUCAUGGAUAUGCUCAAGGACAAGGAUUUGGAGGAUAAGAUCUCGAAAAUAGAUGAUUCUGUAUUGACUUUGCUAUAUUUAUCUGAUGCGGAGAAAGCGGAAAGGAUCGGUGAUAGCAAUAAUGGCGAGGAUAUUAGCGGAUCGUCUGCUGUAGAUAAAUCUGACGACGGGUUAGACAAUUACUACGGAGAAGCGGAGGAGAGAGGACUCAGUAUACCCACAGAAAAUUUCCAAGAUCUGACAUACAGAAACAAUAAUGCCUCAGUUGCGGUGGAUCAAGCGAUUUCGAAUGAUCAGUUGUAUUAUUUAAUAUCUGAAAUAAAUGACAACGAUGCCAAAAAUAUAAAAAUAAAAUAUUAA